ACUAAAGCCUCUCUGCCCACUGACUGACUGACUGUAAACUGUGUAGGACAAGUUCCUGCUGACUGGUUUAAAUAAUCGAAUGAUGAACUGACUGAAAGGAGGAUGACUAAUAUCUGAGAUCAUCAUAUUAAAUCAGCACACGGAUCAUCUGGAUGGAAACAAAAUAAACCUGCAGAAUUAAAACCAGAACCAUCAGAACAAAAGGAUUCAACACCAGUAGCUCCGGGAGGACAAAACCGAUUCCAGGUCAGAUUGCUUCAGGAAAUCAUAACAAAAUCUCUCUAAUUUUUGUUUUGUUUAUGUUUCUUUUGUUGGAAAAAACGGUGCCAGCAAAUACUAAAGAGAUCUGAUGCAACCACAGUGAGGUUUUCUGUUUUUACUGAGGGUCCAGGUCCUUCUGGCGGGUUUUGGGGGCCUGUAGGUCAUUAAAAGCCACAGUGUGUCGUCCUCAGUCAUACAGAUGUGUUUGAAUGAGAAAUUCAGGUUGAGUUUACACACAUCAUUUGUGUAUCCAACAGCCUGAUUUCAACAGACCAUCAAGUUGCAACAAAAAGCCGACUUGAUGUUCACUGGACAGCUGUGUUUAUUGACCGAAACAGCGUUUAGACUCGCUGACAGACACUGCGGGCUCUGUUUUAUUCACUUUUAUUCUCCCAAAAAUUUAUCUGCCUCUAAUGAGUUUGUUUGUCUGACUAAAUCCACAUUAUUCAGGAUUUUCUGCACAGCUCUGUCACGCAUUAAGAAGUCUUUGCAUGUGGUUGUUUGUGUUAGUGAAGCAGAGUGACUAUGGACCAGAGGAACUCCUUUUCAUAAGCAGAGGCCACGCCCACCAUGGAGGAGAUGGAAAUCAGAGAAGAAGGCAGCAAAGGUAAGAAGACGAGGAUUCCAGGGUCUCCCUGACAUCUUUUGAGAGAUUGGAUUUCAUUGAACAUAGAGGUCUCCCAAAGGCCCUGAUCAGGACUAAGUGAUCUGAGGUUUUGGCAUGUGCAUAUGUCUCCAGCUUUUCUCAUCAAGAUAACACAAAACUUGCCCUCAGAGCAGAAACACAACAGCCUGUUACAAGAAUACAUUGCUCCAGUUUUAGGUUGUGGAUUAGCUCCGCAUGAGAGAAAAUAUGACAGAUUGUAAACAUCCAAAGUUCCAUUAUAAACACAUUUUUUCUUAGCAUCAUCUUGUUGACAAAAACAAAUUAAAUUCAUCUGAAUGUUUGUCAUCAGUGAUGUAUUUUAGCUUGUAUUUAAACACACAGAAAAGCUAAACUCUGUGCAGGCGGUGUUUGUGUGUCACAUGACUGCAGAAUGUUUUUUUAAUGUUUUUAUGCUAAUGUGGACUUGUCUGCAACACAGUAGUGAAGUAACUCAAAUAACAUUGUUCACACUCGUACAGACUUCUUAAAGCUGCUGUGAGGAAUUUUUGGUUUGUGUUGACACUGGCGCCCCCUGUGGACAAAGUGAUAUGUUUUAUUUCUUACAUGUGAAAGUGGUGUUUACAGACAAAAACCUCAUUCUUCUGUCUUUAAGAGUGAAACAUACCUCACUCACCGUGAGUCGUUACUUUAAAAAAAGUGUAAAUGGGUCGUUUUGUGGUUUGGUAUCAGUCAUCUGGUCUGACUCCUACCCCCCAUGAAGGUCAUAAAGAGGCAUUAGUAUCAGUUUGAGUGUCUUUCUCCCCACACUGCCUUUAACUCACAGGACCAGAGGGUCCAACUAAAGUGUAAGCAUGUUCUGAGUAUAGACUCAAGAAUCAUGUUAGUCUCAGUCACAUCAUCUUCAUCAAGAACUGUUGAUUUUGCAAAUACAGGGACUAUUGGACUUUGUGUCACAAAAGUCACCGCAUAAACAUAUUCAAACGAUAUAUAUCAUUUUAUCUUUGUUUUGUGUGUUGCUUGUGUUGUGAUCUGUUGCUUUUCUGGACUUCUGUUUCAGACCAAAUUACUGUUUGGGGCAGGAAAAGAUUUUUUUAACCUUCUAAUCCAAUUAAAAGCUCAUUGGUGUCUAGAGAGGCAAAAGUUGGCGGUCGCCAUAUUGGAGAAGCUGACUAAAACUAACUUUUUGGGGCAGAGGUAGGCCAUGAGCCAACUGCAACAGCUACAGCUAAACACGCACACAUUUUAGUCAACUAGGGUUACCAGGAAGUAAACAAGGCUCGACUGUUGUUUGGCUGGUAUGAGAGGCACAGAGCUGUAAACUUACAGACAGUUCACCUCAUGAUAACUUAAUGACGAGGAGACGGCCCAUCGAUAACCAGCCGAACUCCUGAACUCCUGCCUCCUCCUGUAACUUCUGUCACCAAUAAUGCUGUCACGGUCGCUCAAAUUAGCUGUUCAUGGACACGUACUAAGUGCCUCCAUCUUUUCAUGUAAGUGUGGCCAGGACAGUGUCAUCCAGUCUGUGACUAUAUGGCUUCAUCCUUGACAAACUAACUUUUUCAUCUAAGAACAAAAAUAAAAAUGUUCAUGGACUUUAGCAAAAGUAAUUCAGAGCCAGAAUAUUUAAAAAAGAAACACUGUGUAAUCAUAUCCCUCACUUCUCUUUAAUUCUAUCAAUAAUCUGACCUCUGACCCCUGAUAACCAUCCCCUGACCUCCUGCAGGGGUCAUGACCCUGAGGUUGAGAGACACUGACAGGUGACAGAUACCUGACCCUGCUGUUGAUAUCCUAUAAGAAAGUUUCCAGGCUUCAGUUUGUGGAAGGAGUAAAGACGCGAGUCAGGACCAACAUGAUGAAAUAUUUCAUAAAGUCAUGCUUCACCAAACAAGAGAAUAAACCUGCAAAGACAUGUCAGACAUCUUCAACCAGAGUCUCUCUUUUAGCAUAAAGAGUCUGUAUUUCUUAAGUUCUAGUUUUUGGUCUCAUACUGUCUCCUGAAGUUGAGAAAAUGAAUAAAAAGACCAAAGCUUGAUGUUAAAGCUCAACACUUUCUUACUUCUCCUCUCAGUCUGUUGAAGUGCUGAGCUCAGGUUGUUGUUGUAGACGGUUGAGCAGGUUCAGGAGUAAAGAGCUUCUCCUGCAGCAGAUAUUUAUAGUUUACACUGACACUGCAGGUCAUCAGUUUGUUUACAGACUGUUUUGCUUUCUUUAAAUCAUCCAGGUCUGUAGUUUGAUUGCCUUUCCACAUCUGCUUCAUUUGUCAACAGAGAGGAAACAGGCUGCAAAUUUAAAAAUGAUGCGAACUAGUUAAAUGAAUAUAUGCACAUGUCAAAAGCUGAGUGCACUUACAGGCCUGGAGCUCUUUCUGUGAUAAUUGAACACACAGGGUUUCUUCUUUGUAUGUGUUCUCUGACUUAAUUCACAUGUUUUAGUGUGUUUAUAAUAAUAACCCAAAAUUAUAUCAAUAAUAGUAUCCAGUGAGUAGUUUCUUAUCACCACAAAAAAAUCUCAUCCUGCUGAUUUUUGAUGAUCAAAUACAUCAUUAACAGUAAAUUUUUAUGAGGACAAUGUGCAAACAGGACUGUUUCUUCAGCUUCUUGGCUGACACUUACUGUGUUUUUAGUUUUGUAUGUCAUAAUAGAAAACACCAAUAUGAAUUUAAGUCUAUUUCAUGGAAAUGAAAAAAAUCCUCACUGGAGCUUUAAGGGGAAUAACUGUCUGUUUGGUGAUCUAAAUCAAUCUAAAAUUUGUCUAAAAUGACAGUCAUCAUCAUGACUGUAUAAUGUGACAGCACUUCUAUCAAACUACAGACCAAACUUAGAGACUAACCAGCUUUUAACAGAUAAAAACAUCAAUGCUCAUUUUAAACAUGAGCUCUGCAAAGCUUUGGUUUAGUUAAUGAGACACUUUUGGAGGAGCUCUGCAUAAGAAGAGGAACUACUGUCUUAAUGAGGAGUGCAAAGAAAACCUUUGUUUUUCCAAAGCCAGCCAUCAUUUCUGCUACAGGAGGUUUUUUUGUUUGUUUGUUUUUUUUCCCCCAAAUACAUCUCCAUCAUUUUAACUGCAGGACUUAAUCUUAUUUUGGUUGAACUAUCCAAAAAGUUGCUUAAAUACGAAAUCUAUUUCUUCACAAAUGGAAAGCUACAGAGGUGGGAGCCUGAAAGUGAGAUGAUGGUUUUUCUCGCUGAUGCAACUGACGUCUGAAUGAAGAGUAUGAUUGAUGAUGAUCCUCUCCUCAGGCUGAAGGGGAACAGUGAGAUUAAAGCAGCAGGUGAUAGAGUAAGACAGGGAGGGGACGAGUAAGUUACAUAAACUCUGUAAAGUCUCUGUAAGUUUAAUUGACAGCCGGGGUUCACACGGAGACGACAACAUGUCAGCUCUGAGGCUCAGAGACUCAGAGGAGGACAGAGAUGGAUGGAGACCACAUGUUUUCACGUACAGAGGACACAUGUGGAGGUAAGAGGUGAAGACGCAGACAAGAGGGAGAGAGACAGACAGACGGGUAUCUGUGUGCAGUGAGACAGGCGAGGUGGAGGGUGGGGGGUCUGUGGUGGGCCGGGUUUGAGUGACAGCUAGAGCCCACACCAAGGUGAACACACAGCACUGCUUGUUAGCGGCUUCAGAUUGGAAGCAGAUGUUGACUCUGCUACUGUUAACAGUUUCACUGACUGUGUGACUGUUUUACCGCCUGUCUGUCUUACUGCACCACUUCCUGUAUGGCUGACUAACUGCUGCUUUAUCUGCUUAACAAAGUCUGACUCCAGAUUUAAGAAGUCAGACUUCAGGAGCAGGUCGUGAUUCAGCUGUUGUAUGAAUGCGAUGAAUUACUGAGCGGUUAAAAUCAGAUCAAAACUUUUCUCUCCUUUGUCAAAGUUGUUAGUGUUUUCAGAGAGUUUGUGGUGUCUUAUGUAAGGACUUGUUGCUCCAGCUGACACAUAAUUCUGGCUCAUUGUGUUGGAUAAACACCCCUGACUUCUCUUCCAGCACACUGAUGCUGUGUCAGUUUUUUAAUCUCAUCCUUUGUUAACAACAACAAAGUGAAACAGCUGUGAGUUGUCAUGGGUACAGGGAGCUGUUUUUGUCCUUGUUGCCUGAAAAAAAAAGGAUUUUUCUUGUCUUUGACUUUUUGUAAUUCAUGACAUUACUUCUUUCUCUGCACUCCUUUUUCUCCAAAUAACAGUGAACUGAAAGACAGAGGGGCUAAGGUGGCCCUGGGGGUUUGUGGCAUGAAUAUCUUGGGAUAUGAGUUAAUUUUUUCAUUAACACAAAAAUAUUUUAAAGAGCAUAAAGGCAUUUUUGAAAAAUACAAACAUUGGUGAUUUAUGAGAUUUUAUAUACACUAUUUUGGAAUUAAAUAAAUAAUUUUCCAUCAUAAAAACAAUGAUGAAAAACCAAAGAACACUUCAAAUGUUUUAUGACUUUUUAAAAGAAUUUUUAAUUUUUUUUUAAGCACUGUGUUGGUUGAUUUAGAAAAGUGCUCCGUAAAUAUUUUUUUUCUUUAACAGUAGUCUCUUUCAUUUUGUCCUAUCCAUUCUCUGUCUCAUUCUUUUGGUGCUGGUAACAGUCAAAGAUAAUGACCACAGAAACAUGGGUUAUUAUAAGGGUUUUCAUGCAGCAGGGAAGAAAUGCCACAAAUUGAUAACAAAGAUAAUAUUGUACAAAAACGUACAACCAAACAGCGACCACAGGCAACAUUCAUGCAGGGUGGAGAUAGUGGAGCUUUAGUCUGAACACAUCAGAUCUGUGUGCAGCUAUAAGAGGACAUAAUCCACACAUAAAUACAUAAAUUCAUAGUAAAACACGUUUCCAUUUAUGCCCCAUAUUUGGUAAAUGUGUCUCUGCAUGUCUCUCUACUCAGACUGUCUUUCUGUCUGAAUGGAGCACUGACUGUCUGCGCAAAGCAUCACCACCAGGCAACCAGUGUGAACCCACAGCAUCUCUCUCUCUCUCUCUCUCUCUCUCUCUCUCUCUCUCUCUCUCUCUCUCCCUCUCACUCACAUUCAUUCAUGUCUAAUUUUAAACCUGUCAAUCCUAACUUUGAUUUACUCUUUUCUUGUUUUACCUUUAUUUCCAACAUGCCCUGCAGCACAAUAACAAAGAAAUGUUACAAAACCAGUGAAACUUUAUCAGCUCUACAGUAAACUCUAUGUAAAAAAAACUGAGUUUUCCCAUCAAUUACAACAGUCGAAAAAAGUCUAGACAAAGUUUCGAGCAAAUAGUGUUCACUUUUAAGAUCCUUUUGAGGGCAGGCUGCAUAUUUCUAUAACUAAUUAGAUUUACAUUCCCAAUUACUUCCCUUAAGGAUCUAAUAACCGCUUGUUUACAUAGAUAAUAACUUUAAUGUUGUGUUAGAAGCUUUCUGAGAGGAGAGGUAGUGCUAGAAGUAUCCUGCAGUCUGAGGAGUCGUGCAAAGUGCUUGUAACAACGAGUUUAAAAUCUUAAUGCUUCAGUUUACCAGCAUUAAAGAAAAGGAAGAGCUGAAAAUCUUCACAUUUCAGAUUCUGGGCCCUCACGGUUUCAAAAGCAACUUAAAUGUUCCUAAAAGUGAUGCUGGUAGAGUAAUAUCAAGUCUCAAUGAUACUUAAGCUCUACCUGUAUCAUUGAACCAAAGGAUUCAUGAUGUGCACUUUGCUCCAACUCUCACUGCUGGUUGUAAACCUCUGCAAGCCUGGGGUUUGGAGAUGUGGGACCGUGGCUCGUGCCCUUCGCGUGCAAAUCCCCCCUGCUGUUUUUCUCGUAUUUAAUUAACUGUUAUCUAAACGGUGCAUCUCGGAGGUCAUUUAUGUUGUGUUACUCACUUUAAUUUUGGGGGGGAUUACAUGUGAAUUGAACCACCGCCUAAAUUAAUACACUUCUAUCUCCUAGAAACAUCAACGACCCAGCCGGGAUACCCCCAGGCAGACCCGGCUCUGCUAUACCCCCCUCCCAUAUCCCCGGACCCGGUCAGCCCGCUGACUCACCUGGGGACGCUGCUGUCUGGACACGACGCACCGAUGAGCGGCGGAUGGGACAGGUGAGCCUGGGACUGAAGCUCCGCAACAAAAAGUCCAGUUACUCACUCAAAGACACACACAGAGUGUCCGGGUUUGUAAAGGUGAGGUCACGACCUGCUGUAGUUUAUCCUUUAAAAGUCUCACUGUCAGAGCUUCUCUCGCCGAGCUGUGAGGAAUGAGAGCGUGGACGUGAAAAUGUGCCCAGGUCGGUGGGUCUUCCCUGCGUCUGAGACCUCUCCUCGAUUAGACUCUCGUGGAAUGAGGUGGUGCAGGGAUGGAGUGAAGGUAUUAAAACGACAGGAGGAGAACUAUGCGUGAGGGGAGAGACCCCACCCCCCAUCUUUGAAAUGCGAACAGCAGGCGGUGAGAGUCUGUGCUUUCUGCAGGGAGCGUGGAGAGGUUCGGAGAUGUGGGACCAGGGUACACAAGUCCGGGAGGCAUCAGCUAAAUGUCCUUGAAGAGUCUAAAUUUAAAGUCAUUAAUAUCUCCAACAAAGUUAUGUUGUCGACCUGUUCUAAAUCUCUACUUUAUUUUAUUUUAUUUUAUUUUAUUUUAUCUUAGGUGACAACACAUCAUCAGCAUCCCUGUAAAUGUGUUAGGGUUAGUUAGCUGAUUGUCAUUAAAUGACCUUUAACCUGAUGUUCUUCACCAAUAGGGUGAUGUCCAUUGACUAUGUAGAUUAUGGACAACUUGGUUACGCCUUCCGCCAGUAUACGGAUUUGAAACCGAAAAGCUCUCUGUAUUUCCGCGAUUUUCUCCAUCUCCAUCUCUCCGCGAUUAAAAUGUCACCCCCCGAAAAAGAAAAAGUGGUGAAAUACGUACUGCUGUGUGUACAUUUCAUAAACUAAAUACGCGCUAGAAAGCCUUCAUCUUUUGUUCAGAAUCAGCUUCUUAUCACAGUGUGAUAAGAAUCACAGUGUGAUAAGAAGCUGAUAAUCACAGGUAACCGGCACAACUUCGUUCUCAUUCACCCUCGCAGCACCUCAGUGCUUCACACAGCCGGACGCUCAGCGUCUGCUGACUUCAGUGUGGAAGCUCAAAGUGGGUUGUUCCAGCAGCGAAACUAGACACUCAUUGGAUAAAUGCUGGGCUUUGUCCCGCCCAUCGGACGCUCAGCGUCUCUGGAGUUCUAUGACGAGAGGGCGGUCCCAACUUUCUCGCGGACGCUGAGCUUCUGCAUCCAUGAUUGGAUGAGCUGUCUGAGGUGAAAUCUUUUUUUGAUUGACAGCUAAACAAGCGAAUCAGCGAUCUUGAAGAAUAAAACAUCUACCAGAGCAUUUUCCAAGUUAUUCAUUCCGUUGUUCUUAACUGCUCCAGAGACUUUACCGAUCCUCAGCGACUUUUGUCAUUGUUAAAAACAACUGCCGUUGUGUUUGGUGACUCUGUUCUGUUACAUACUAAACAAACACAAUUAUGAUGUUGGCCAGAAAAAUGAGCUUCCCCUCCUUCAAAAGACCAGCAGCCGCCACUGGGAGAGUACUGCCUCCUUCGCCUCUGAUUUGCUAAAGGAGUUGGAAACGUCAUCACACGUUCAAGCCAAACGCAGGCUGUCGGCUCUGUACAUCGAACAGAAUACUACAGAACAUUAUCGCACCUCUCAAGCUCCAAACCCUAACCCUAAUCCUAACUCUCAUCCUAACCCUAACCUGACAGACGAUGACAUUUCACAGCCAUUAGGAAUAACCAAUCGGAGCCCAGCACUUUUAGCAAAUCAGAGCUGAAGGAGGGCGGGCCCUUCCCGUACCAUCUACAAAAUAAACUUUCGCUCCCUGUGUGAGCUACGCAAUCCUCGUACGCCCAUAGGUUGUAUCGGGUGUCAAUCAUAGAAAACAUGAACCCCCUAAUAACUUUUAAAAACGGAGCUGUUCAGAAAAAAGAGGACUUGAGCACAAACCAGUCUUACAGUAACUACAUGUCAACAUCACAAGCAGGGGGGACAAAAAGAAAAGAAGUUUGUACACAGCUCCAUAAGCUUUGCUGGAGGAGGCGAGAUUUAUGACCUAUAGUGCAGCCCAUCACUAGAGUGUGCUGUUCUCGGAGUGGCUUCACCCAGCGAGGAGGCAGUCGGCGUUCUGUACAGUCUAUCAGUGGUGAUAUCUUAAAGCACCUGUGAGGAGUUUUUAGACAUUUAUGAAAUAGAGUGGAAUUCAUUUUGAUGAUUUUUUUUAUGAUGUACGAAAACAAACCAGACCACCAGCAGCAAGGUUAAUGGUUUUCUUAUCCUGAUUUUUAACAGGUGAAACCGGAGUUGCAGCUGGGUGUCAGUCAAGCAGCUGAAGAAACAGUCCUAAUUUUUCAGUUUUUUCAUAAAAUCUUUACAAUAGAUAAUACAUUUGGCUUUAAAAGUCACAAGGAUAAUAUUUGUGGUCACAAGUCAAUACCCCAACACGGGUAGAACAAAAUAUGCAGCUUGUUUUAUCCACAGGGGGCGCCAAAAAUGACACAAGAAUAUCAAGACUCCAUAGAGUCAGCACAAGCAGCAUUAUAUCGAACUAGCUAUCUACACCGCACUCCCAGGAAUAGAGAAACUGUCAGGGUAUUCUGGUGUAGUUAGCAUUUAGCAACAUAAAACUUCUGACCACGACUUCUUUUUGUGCGCUUCAUCACUUACAGUCCAACAACCAACAACUCAAGAUAACAGCUGUGUGUUCAGAUAAAAGGCUAAGAGAGACAACGGCAGAGUUAAAGACACAUUUUGAACCUGUAGAAAUUAAAUAUCAACAUGUUAUUUUCAGCAUAUCUUUGGCACUUAAACUCAACACAGGAUUUGGUGAUUAAAGGCUGACUAUCCAGUGGAGGUGAUGGCUAAUGAUGAUAUCUGAUGCUUUUGAGCUGACUGAGCUAAAGACCUGAAAAGAGACAGGGAUGGGUUAGAUGUCUAAUGAUGAUACUGUACAAGGCUGAUGGGAUAAAAACUGUAUUGGUUGGGUGAUGUGGAGGUUAGGGGCAGUACCCAACAAAAGUAUGAAUGAACUGGAGGGGAAAAAAAUGUGACGCAAUGACUUCUUAAGUCAACAGUUUAGGAAGUGACUUUGAGUUUUGACCAAAAACAAAACCAAAGUUCCCCCACUGAUGAUCUGCAAAACAAAAUGCCAUCAUUUCUUGGUUUAUUACAUUCUUCAGCAGUCGUGAUUGUUCAUCUAUUUGUGCUGAGUCUCAGUUUCACUGUAAAUAGUUUGUUAUUCAAAGGCUUCACUCUGGCUCACCUUCAUGGUAUAUGCAUCAGAAAAAGAAAUGGAUUUUCUCAUGGUUCUCUUGUACUUACACUUUUCAAAUGUUUGUUGGAUAAAGGUUGGAUCCUUGUCUCUGUUGUAUUCAGAAGUCAGGGAUUCUCACUACUGGUUAACUUUAGCAAAACAGCAUCAGUUGGUUUAGCAUAGAUGUUAACUGACUGGGACUGGUGUUCCUCCUGCUUUUGCUCUCCAUACACUGUUUUUUUUUGCAGACACCAAAGCUGGUACCUGAUUGGCAAAUACUCACACAUGCACCUUGACACUUCUCAUACUAAUAUAUAGACAGAGUCAACAUUUCUAUGUGGAGCCUGUAAAUAGAGAUUAAACAUCAUUGAAUAUAACAGAAAGUAAUCUGCUCAGAGGAUGAAAAAUAUCACCCUUAAAGCCCUUAUUUUCAUCAUAGUUGACUGCUGGUCUCAUGUCCCAGAACCUGAGCACUCACACAUGCUGAAUCGACCCUCAAAAACAGGUUUUAUAACUCUAGUCUUUCCAGCUUUGGCCACGUUUCCUCUGGACCAGAAGAUGGACUGAUUUCUGGAGGUGAAAGUGCAUUCCUCUCCUCUUUCUCUUCACUGUCCUCUCUGUGUUCCUGGUGUGAAAUGCCAGAGAGUCUGAGCUCCUGACACACUGACCUUUGACCUUUGAAGAGGCUAAGGUCUAAUUUAGACUUCUGCUUGCACCCUGGUGACUGCCCAUACACACACACGCACACACACACACACACACACACACAUAGAACACACACAUAGACAUACACAUACACAGAGGCAGUGGAGUGUGAACCCUGAACUGUGAACCGUGGAGAGAGGUGGGCCGGGUCACUGGGAUCCCCUCAUAUAUGAACAAAACCUCCAGUAUACAGCUCAGCAGGCAGACUUUCUUUCCUUACAAGGAGCAGCCAGCUCUCCUCUGAAUACACUGAAUACAUGAACCUUUGUAUGGAGGCAGAGGUGAGGACCAGGGACUCCCUCUUACAGAGUAUUUACACAGACUUUAAAUGGAUGGACUCAUGGAAACAGGUUUUUAAAAAAGUCAGGAUGUAGUGGCUCUGUGAUUUGCAACUUGACCUUUCAUGUUCAGAUGCUCUGGUGUCUAUUGUGGGGUGAAAACUAAUUUCAAGCUCCAGUGAGGAUUUAGCCUCACUGUCUUCUCUAUGUGGCCUACUUUCACUAUUAUCGUUAAUGUAUCAUCAGGUUGUUUUACAGCAACAGCAGGAGCUCCACGCCUGGAAACUGUACUUCAUUAAAACAAGUUUGAUCCUUUCUUGCCCUGUACAGACCUCCUCCCUUAUCUCUGUACUCCAAAGUCCUGGCCUUCUUGAUUCCGAUUGGCUGGCCGUCAAAAAGUGACAUUGAUGGGCGUGGUGUGUUCCACAUGUCGAACUAUUUUCAACUGGUUGUUCAGACACACCAGGAGCAUCUUCUGGCAUCUUUAAAUUCGCCUCCAUUAAUGGUGUUUUGCUAAUGGACACCUUGCUGCCAGGGCAAGUGUGUGUGUGUGUGUGUGUGUGUGUGUGUGUGUGUGUGUGUGUGUGUGUGUGUGUGUGUGUGUGUAGGGGGGGAUACUGAGUCUAUAGUGCCCUCAUUUCAGAGGGGCCCACAAAUAUAAAAUAAAGCGUGGCCGUCAGCACAGGCACAGAUAGAGGCCCUUGAAGAAUGCUUUUGUAUAGGGGGCCAGUAUUUUUGUGCAAGGCAUUCUGGGACUCCAAGUAUCCAUGACGUAGCGGGCACUUUUUUGUGUGUGAAAAGACUUUUUAACUUAAGACACAAUGAGGCUAAAGUGGGUGGGCAUCUUUACAUCUUUCUUGUUGCCAACACAGGAAAAGGUGUACAUCAGUCCACGGCCCUGUCUGUGCAGACGCACUUGAGGUGCCCAGGAAGCUGAGGGAAGCCAGCCAACUGUGGCCACUUGUUGAUUAAAUGUAAAAUUCCUUUAAAAAAAACAACACUCCAACAAGGUGUAUUUGUUUUAGAAAUACCUCUGUUGUGAUGACUCCUGAUAUGCGCUCUGCACUAAAGCUACCAUUACCAAACACAAUAAAUAGGGGCAAUUUUCAUAGAUAGUCAAAGCCGCCUGUGGUGUGUUGGGCUGUUUUUAGUAUUACAAAUCCAUAUUAGCCUGACUUGACUUUACACAUUAUAUAUGUUAAGGUCUCAGAAGAGAAUAUUUGUCCAAAGCCACAACUGUGAACACUAACAAAAGCAAAUGUGCAAGAAACUUUCUGCCUGUCUGUUCCAGCACAGUUGUCAGUCUUUCAUUUACAGUAUCUCUCAACCUACUGGUAAAAAAAUAGUUUCUCAUAUUUCAAAGCACCCAUAAAACAACAUUUUAAUACUUAUGAAUCUUUUUAUUAUCAUUCGUAAUAACAUAUAGGCUGAUCUCAGGCUAAAGCUGUGACUGUCUUUUCUACAAUUUAUGACUUUUUUCUUGAAAUCCUUUUUUUUAUCGUCCAAUCAGAAGACUUGAUCUGGGGUUUCAAGGCUGUCAGUUCCUUGGAUCAAUGAGGGAACCAGGAAGAGAAGCACACGCAGACCAGAGUGUCACCAUCCUGCACGCAAAAGUUGCCCAGAAGUCCUAUGGCACUGAAAAGAGGUUGGGUGAUAACUCUACAUGUUUAUAAGAAUGUUGAAUUUGCAUUUUGAGUGUGUUUUACACAGUUGAUCAUUUUUGUUUUCAAAGGGUCAAGGUGCCAAAACUUGACCCACUCUCAAAUUCAUUUUUAUAUCAUUUAGCUCAUGAUCAUGUGCUCUGUUUUAUCCCUUAAGGUUCUUCUGCCCACCUCCUUGUGUUUACAUCAGCGGUCAUGGAUGGAGAGUCAUGCAGGACCACCUCAAAGGUGAGGAGAUGAUAAUGAAAAAUCUGAAAGACUCUAACUCUUAUUGUUCUAGGUCCCUCUCCAUUUUCAUCACUUCAUUUGUCCUCUGUCUUUUUCUCCCCUCUCCUCUUGUCCUCCCCCUCCAGCUGCAGGCUAUGGAGACUCUGCGUAUCGAGUGUGUGGUUACAUGUGUCUGGACAGCUGCAGCCAGGCUCAGGCGGACACUUUUAAACUGGUCUUCGAUGAGCAGCCAAACUCCAAGGUGAGGGAAAAGUGUUCAUCUGACUGAUCUAAUGCCCAGUGCUCACCUGUCUUCUGUGCCGUUUUCUCACAGUCCAGUUCCUUCUAUUACAGAGAAGUGUCUGAAAAUUCAAGCCGGUCAUUUUCUUGGCUAAAUUAUCCCCUAAUUUUGUCUCCAAACCACCUGAGUUCUGCUGUUCACAUCAUCUGUCUUCAUAUGUCUUCUUAUGAGCAAAUGCAGUCGUAUCCAUAAGUGGUUGUAGAGUCAUACAGUAUAAAAUUUGAUAGAGUUUUUAAAAGUCAAAAUUAGUCUUGAACAGCACAUGUAAGCACAGCCACAGUUGAACAAAGUGCCAAACAGGCCUAAAACAAUUAAAUCAAAUCAAAGGACUCAGAAAAGGCCCUACAUCUUUGUGCAUAUUGAGGUCUUUGUCAGGCUUAUGAUGUGCAGCAAGAUCUGUCUGUGCUGCAGCAAUCUCUGUGAGUUACAUUUAUAUGUUGACAAGUACAGGCCAAUACAUGUGUAGUUUGAGGCACAGAGCACGGACAUUGUGUUGUAGUGUUAGGUGCUGUUCUGAGCAUAUUUGUGGCAAUAGAGUGGCUUUUUGGUUGAGGUCAUAGACUGUAUAAAGAAUGGACGCCGUCUGCCUCCUUGCUGGGUGAAGCCACCCCGAGAACAGCACCCUUCAUUGAUGGGCUGCAGUAUAGGUCAUAAAUCCCGCCUCCGCCAGCAAAGCUUAUGGGGCUGUGGACAAAUUUUAGAAAUUUAUUACACAGAAUAUAAAUUUUUCUCCCCCCUGCUUGUGAUGUUGACAUGUAGCUACAGUAAGUUAAAUGUUUUUAGGCGGUUCAUGUUUUCUAUGAUUGACACCUGAUACAGCCUACUGGCGUUCAGGGAUUCCGUAGCUCUCCCGUAUACAGGCGGGAGGCGGAACCAAGUUGUCCAUAGUAUAUACAGUCUAUGGUUGAGGUGUGCACGUGGAUCCGCAGACCACCGUGUAUCGCUACCAUGCGAUCAUUGCUGAAGUUAGUAUAACCAGAGAAGCAAGCAGUCGGCAACAUUCAUCUCAAGGGGGUGUCCAACUCAGUGUUACGGUGUGUUUGACCCUAACUUAAUUUUAUACCGGAAUAUCCCUUUAACUAAGUUAUGAUCUGCAGGAAUGUUUGUUACAGUUCAUUAAAAAUAACAUAAUGAAAUUUACUAGUUCUUGUUUCCAACAGGUAAUGCUCUUUUACUUUGAUAAAAUGUACCGUUCACAUACCAAACCAUUCUCGGAAAAUUUUCAUCCAUAACAAAAAAAAAGGAAAAAUCACAGUUUUCUUUUUAAAAGGAAGCUGAUUUUGAACUCUGUUGUUGGAAGUUUUUACUCACUCUUCAUGUGAAAGAAGUUUAAAUCCAUCAUCACUUCUCCAUGAGACCACGUCUGAAAACAUGCUCCAUUAUAUUACUCCAUUAUGAAAACUUGACGCAUCUGGAUUGUCUCAGUGAACUUCAACUGUCAUAAAGCUUUGUUUGUUUUGACUACUGGCCUGGACAGUCAUCAGCUGUGUGGUGGUCUGAAAAUGGUAAAACCACAUCAUUAUGAAGUACGAUCAGAGGAGAAAUUUUCUUGGACACAUUUCUGACGAUGGUGCAACACUGACACAUGAAAGUGAUGAAGAAAAAUGGUUUCAUUUUCAGGAUUCACUGUUUCAGGGUGAAAGAAUUAAGAGGCUAAACAAGCCAAAGGGGAUCCAGUUUCCAGUUUGUGAACAGUAGGAGAAAGAAUUAUAAAGGGAGUUUAGUGGUGCUGCUCUAGUAUGGCAUAAAUUAUAAUCACAACUACUUUGAUUAAAGAAAAAAAAAACAUAUUUGUCUGUGUCUGUGUGUGUUUGUAUACAUGACUUUACAACUCCUUUUCUUUGGAGAAAAUGACAGAAAAAUGAAAAAGUUCAAAAAAUCCUUAAAAAAAUGUAUUUCUUCAGGUAGCCAUAUAUUUCUUUAUUUAUAUAUUUGGACUGCAUAUUUACCACAGGCUGCAGAACGUGUCAUUCUGUUUUUUUUUUUUUACUAAGGCUUUAAUUUUUUAUUAAAACAACAGGCUAGAUUUUUAGCCGAGCAGUUGGAAGUCUCACUCGCUGGUUCACGUUUGUGGUCCCUGCAGCUUUUCUUGUUCCUUGGCCUUUCCAGCACCUGCCUCCUCCUGCUCCUCUCCGUGCUUUCCCCUCUCCACCUGCUCCUUCUUAAGCUCCACCUGUGGUGACAUGAUUGUUUGUACUGAAGCUGCACAUGCUGAAUUACAGAUGUUCACAGUUACCUUGAGUGACUCAACUUUGUUGUGCAUCAGUGUGAACUCUCAGUGAUGAAGUUUAAGUUAGAUUUGUCUGAGUGGAGCAGCAGAGCGUAGACUGCAGUAAAAGAGGAAAGUGAGAGUGAACAGACAUCACAGUUCUGAUUCAGUCUCGAUUAUCAUAUAAUUGUAAUUUUGAUGGUUUCUGUAUGUGUCCACUGAGCUGAUUUCUGUGAUUUAGUGUUGCGUAACUCAGAGCAGCAGCUGGAGAUGAGUGAGUGAUGGAUCUUUAACAGCAGCUUGUUGUGUCUAAGCGUCAGACAGCUCUGUGUGUUUACCCAGACCAGACAAUCUGCUGCUUUAUUACAGACCUCUGUUGACUGGACAAACAGUGCUGUCUGACAGAAAAACUGUGUUACUGUAAACACACUGUGUGUGUUCACUGGCCUCUUUUUUAUUGGCUGACUGAGGAGGAGACAGAGUACAAAAACAAGUUUUAUCUGCAUGACUGUACUCCAAGUCAGUCAGGAUGGAAAGAGUAAGGUCACCCAAAGACACAGUUUUUUAAAAAUAGGUCAUUCAGAGAAACAUCAGAAUAUACAGUAAAAAUUAUUUUUAUGAACUCUAGUGUUUGUUUGCUCUGUGUCUCCUAAUUGUUCUGGUUUCUUGUUUCUGGUCCACAGCAGAUGUUUGCCUGUGCCAAGUCGCUCUUCAUCUCCGAUCAGGACAAGAGGAAACACUUUUGCCUGCUGCUUCGACUCUUCCUGGGCAGCAGACAGGAAGUGGGAUCCUUUCAGAGCAGGAUGAUCAAAGUUAUCUCUAAACCCUCACAGAAGAGACAGUCCAUGAAGAACGCCGACCGUGAGUCUCCUUUUAUCUUUUUACUGUAUUUCUGUGAAACCACACAGGUCAUCAGUCAUACACCAGAGGAGAGUGGAUGAAGAUUUUCUACUUAGAGAGUUUUAUUACUGAUGAGUGUAAUAAAGUGUUUCUUUUUCCAACCAGAGGUACUGCAGCCCCCACAGCACCCUUACUUCCCACAGCUAUGCCCAUCCCACCCCAGCAUCCAUCUGUAUCCAUCAUAAGCGUUCAAAGAUUAGUGUUUGAGAAGUUAUGAGUUCAGGGCCUGGACACCAAACAUAGUCACCAUUCUGAACACGGAUACUGGUGUCCAUGGAAACCCACUCAUUGUACCAAGCAGCAGAACUUUAAAAUCAGUGUCUCUUUAGCAGAGUUUUAGGGGCCGUGAGCUGAGCUGCAGCUAACACCAAGAGCUUGUUUUCAGUCAUUUAAAGAUUUAUGAGUGUAAAAUCUUUUAUCUGGUUAAAUACAAAGUUAAAGAUUAUAGUGACUGUGGUGUACAGUGAAAAAUUAAGGUUGCAUGACUUAAGAAAGAGAGAGAAAGUUGGAUACUUGAUGUUCAACAUGCAAAUCGAAGCUGCAUAAAGACAGGCUUUUGUUGCACCAGUCAGUGAUCCUACUGAUCAACAUGUUUGUGUCAAGACUCUUGGUGCUGUUUGGGUCACAGAAAGCUAGAGGGUCAGCCUCAUUCAGUCAUCUUACACCAUGACUCUCUCUCACACAAACACAUGCACAUUCACAAACAGGCUAAAAUAAGUCAUCAAUUUGACAGCUGAGACAGCAGAUCAGGUGACGUAGUUUAAGUUCCUGUGAGAGACUGACCUUUCACCUGUGGACUUACCGCCUGUACUUGUGUGUUUAUGUGUGUCGAGAAGUUUCAAAAGGAAUUAUAUAAUCAAUUGUACAUUCCUGCGGGCAACAGGGGCUUUUUUAUCCACUAAAGUUCAAUUUGAGUGUGUGUUGUAAAAUUUUUAUGUGGUGUAUCAUCAAUGUUUCUCCUUUUUUGUGUGUUUUGUGUCUUAAUGUGUGUGUACAUGUGUGUGUGUACGUGUCAGAGCUUGCAAAUGAUGCAUCAACCAAUAAAAUGCACAUGCCGGCAGACGGGAAAAGAAAACAUCUCAGUUCCUGUUCCUGUUCUGUGUAUGUUUCUGAUUUUUCCGAUUUCUGUGGUUUUCUUUGCAUUCACAGUGUAUGUGUGUGUGUUUGUGUUGCCACAGUGUGUAUCUCCUCCUGCUCCAGAGUGGCUUUGUUUAACCGUUUGCGCUCUCAGACGGUCAGCACGCGGUACCUCUCGGUGGACAGAGGAGCCUUCAUAGCCAGCGCCAGACACUGGACCGCCUUCACCAUCACUCUGGGUAAAUGUGUGUGUGUGUGUGUGUGUGUGUGUGUGUCUUUAAAUGUGUGUUUAUAAGAGUGUGAUUACAGUGUGUCAGCUCUUUCUGAGUCCCACAUAAACUUAUCCAGCACUGCACAGGUCACACUUUGGUCAGUCUGUCUAUAGGUUAACUGACUGUACAUAAAAAAAGACUAGUUCUUCAUGACUUUCUCUCUCUUUACAUCUUUGUCUGUUUGUUCUUGUAUCAUUGUGGCUCUUUGUCACAUGAGGGCUCUUUAUACCCAGCCCUUUUUUUCCCCUCAAAUACCCCCUAAAUCUACUUAGUGUCAGUCAGAGCCUCUCUGGACUUCUUAUUCCUCUUCACUGGCUCAAUCACACACCCAACGCAAAGUGUUUUGACUCACAGAGCAAGUGUCAUCGUUCAAUUCUGCCGAGGUAUUCAUCACUUUUAGCUCCAUGUUGUGUCAAUAAACUCACAUCUAUCUUGCUGCCAAGUGCAAAGUUGGCGCUCUGUCAUCUUGUAGGCCAACAAAAACCUUGUCCGAGGCCUGAAGCCUAUCAGUGCUCUUCUGGAAUUUAGAGGGUGAGGGAAAGCAAAAUAAUAAGAUUCCCAUAAGAUUUCACAGCAUGCAUUUCUUUUCUUGUACACAAAAACUGAGUGUUUAUUGGGACAUUAUUAAUUACACCCUCAUCACUAUCUUCUUAAAGAUUGGUAUCACCUCAGUCCCACGCAGGCCAAAUACUCCAGACUGAGACUAUCUCCAAGCUCUACAUCAUGCGCUCUGUCCAGUAUACACAGAAACAGACCCACACACACUUUCACAUGCAGUAAAAGUGAUUUUUUUUUUAUCCUCAUGACUGUUAACUUUAAAAACUACCAAGCAAUGUGCGCACAGAUAAUGGCAGAUACUGAACAGUAUUUACUGUGUAUGCAUUGUAGAAAACAGCUGUCUGAUCCAGCAGCAUAAAUAAUGUCCUGCUUUUGGUUUGAACUACACAGGAUGUUCUCUGAUGUUAGAUCCUGUCUAAUACUGUCUGUAUUCCCUGAGUUUUAAAUAGUUAUUGACGUUAACUCUGCUGUACCACAUGUGUAAAUGUACUUGUGUCAAUUUGGAUAGCCACUUUUGCAUCCACUGCUCAGAGGAAUUAUUUAAGUAGAUUUUAUAUCAAUCCAUAAACCAACAUACAGUGGCCGGUGUGUGCUUUCUGCAUGUAGAAAAGGAAGUUAAAGGCUUAAACCUGAUUAGCUGGAGGAAAAAGGCUGAACGCUGCCAUGUCAAAAGUAACAUGUCUACUUGCAGUUGCAUCUGUCUCUUUUAGAGAACUAGAGCAGACACAUAGUUUGUUUUGAUUUGUGUUACACCAAAAACAUGGUGAUGACUAACCAAGGAACCUGGUCCAACCUCAUUGCAGCCUGUGACUUAGCAGACAGACUGUGCGCUGCUUAACUACCAAAAAAACCACCCUGGUUCCCUUUCCCAAACGUGAAUUAGAUUGUUGUGGGAAAGGUAUUUUUUAGAGUCCCCAAAAAGAACUGCAUAAAUAUAAAUGUUAUCAACCAGCUUUACUGCAGAUAUUAACUUUAGAAACUUUACAGUAUCCAUGAUGCACACAGUAUAACAUACAGUCAUGGGAUCCAGCAGCAGAAAACAUAAAACAUCAAUGCAUGCAUCAAUAUUACUUCUUGUGUCCUUCGUGAGCUUCCUGCAUUUUUAGAAGAGCGGAAACAGAGAAUAUUCAGGGUAUUUAAAUAGAAAGGCUGAAAUCUGGUGUGGAGUAGUCAACAUGCCAACUUGGCACCUGGUGCUCCUGUUUCUUAUAGGGAAUACUGACUGAUUAGUUUGAUUCAUGUUGUGCCAAAAAAGACUCUUGAAAGUUCAAGGGACCUCCAGCUGUUAGAAACCAGUCAGUGUAAAUCAUGGUUAGAGUGGACUUGUAUUAUUUUAUAUUUGAACCUUAUAGCAGAAGAUGCCUUGGAGAAACUGGUCAAGUGUAAAAUAAGACAUGCUGGGAUGUUUAUCUGCUGCAGGGGUUUAACUCAGUGAUUUCCUCAGAGCUCUAACUUCAGCGUGACCAGAGAGGUCAGGAGGGUGGUGUCACGGUUAUCAAGGACGUUACCUUCUAAUGACUCAACAAACCUCUAAACCACCCUGCAUUAAUGAAGUCAGUGUGCCAGCGCUCGAUCUCCAGAGUUUCCCUCACACUCAUCUGGAAAAGACUUUCUGGAGAUCUGUGAGGGUGUUUAUUUAACACAGUGGCCUCUGUGCAUGGACCUCCCACAUCCAAAACCACCUUACUAGCUCCAUGCUGCCACAAACACACAUGUAAACAACACACUUAAACACACACAGAAUUUCGAUUUGUCUGAAUUUGUCUAUUUAUAGAAAAAUCACCAGCAGGAGGAGAAAAAACAAAUUUAUGGGAGAAAAAUUAAUGAGACUGUGAUGAAAUAAAGCUGGGUAGACAGGAAAGUGUGUGUUUGUGUGGUUUUAGUCAUGCAAAUAUUAAGCAUGUGUGUGUGUGUGUGUGUGCAGUGGAGGACCAGCGUGCUGACCAUAGCGACUUUGUGCUGAGUGAAGGUUUCAUCUGUUACGGCUGUGUGGUUCGACUGGUGUGCACGGAAUCAGGAGUAACUCUGCCACCCAUGGUAACACACAGACACACACACCCACACACACAGACACACACACACCCAUACAUGCUUACCUGACAAACAGUGGACUAUCAGCCCAGACUGACCAAGAAUGGACCCCUAUUUCUGGUCAUUUUAAUAAAACAAAAAUAUAAGAGAAAAUUUUCCUUGAAGGUCUUUUACCAUAAUGUUACUUGAAAUGUGACUUUUAUGAAUAUUACUUUUUUAUAAAUUGCCAAGAAUACAUUUCAGUCUUUGGCAGAUUUUUUAGUUUAGUUUAUCAUUUAUUUAUAUGGGAUACAUUCACGGGCAUGUUCACAAUACAGAGUACUGUAAUUUUGAUUGCCAGAAAUACAAAACAGUAAACAAUACAAUAAAAAUACUAGGGAUAGUGCUAAAAGAGGAGUUAGCUAAAAAGAGCAGCAAACGUGGGGCCCUAAUAGCUAAUGUCAGUUUGUUCCAGCUGGCACAGCCUUUAAUGGACCAGGUCAUUUGUGCCAGAACUGCUUUUCUAAAUUUUAAAUUUCAAGAUUCCCUUUCCCCAUAACAGUUGUACUAUAUACUUUUAAACACUCAGAUUUUCACCGUUAUACAUUAAUUGUUUGUUUUAAACUUUGUGAUGAACUGUAAGUAAUUACUGGGUCCCCUCUUUGUCUGAACAAAAUGACAAAGCGCCCUGUUGAAUGGUAUGGAGUGAUGCUCACACUCCCAGUGUAACUGACUCUACUAGAGUGUGAGCAUUAUGGAGGAUAAAUAUUUUCCCGGAGUCUUUAGCCUCCCAGAGUAUCAUCAUAAGUAACACAAAGCUUCCAUAUUUUGAUUUUCAUCAGCUCCUGAGAAACUCCUAAAAGGGUUAGUAGUAAUAGUAAAAGUGCCUUUUUUCUGUAAUGUGCAUCAAAAACAGAAGACAUUUUAACCUGGUUUAUUUCAAUCCAGACUAUGUGCAUUAACCAGCUCUUUAUACAAAAGAAAGGAAACAAGAUGUUUUCUAACGUUACAACUUUCAUAAUGGCAUCAUGCUUAACUCCCUCUCUCUCUUAGGCUCACAUUAACUCAUUAACACUCAUUGCUUCACCUUUACUCUCUGGAUGCUCGCAGUGUCCUUUCACUUCUCCCACAUGGUUCCUAAUUCAUAAGUUUAUGCAAGACAGGAGUGGUUUCCUUCACCCAGUGGAGGAGAGUUUUCAGAUUGCUCCUGACUGCCAGCGCUAUCAGAGAGAGUAAAAUGAGAACACAUGGGACAAGCAUCCUGUGGGUUUAUGGUGUACGGAGUACAGUGUCCUAAAUCUUUUGGAUUAAGGGUAAGGGCAAAGGUGAGGUGUGCAGGCUACUUGACCCUACUGCUUUCAAUCAAUCAAUCAAUAAAUCAAUCAAUCAAUCAAUCAAAUUUUAUUUAUAUAGCACCAAUUCACAACAGUCGUCAUCUCAAGACGCUUUUCAGAGAACAAGAGCAGGUCUAGACCACGCUCAUUGUUUGAUGAUCAAGAACCAACCUAAGAUGGGUUUUGGCCCAUCUCAACUAACAUUCAUGUUAGACACUGAGAGGAGGGGGAUUGUAUCAAGUAUUUGUUUAUAGUUUUACUGUUACAUGCAGGGUCGGUUUACUUAGAAACGUCUGCAGGGUUUCUGAAAUUUGUACAAACUUCCCCAAGUUCUUCUGAAAACAGAUAACGAUACCAAAACCGACUUCAACCAGAAAAAACAACAACAAAAAAAACAUUUGUUUAAGAGCAGUAUGAUGACAGUUUCCUUCUCAGGUGAUCAGUUUCAUAUCUAAAAUCAUUGACAUGCAUCAGGACUCCUGUCAGUCAUUGGCCCUGCCAUUCAUCCAGACUUUUCUCCUUCAUAUGUCACCCCUGAGUGUUUUUCUUUCAACCACAGAAAGUGAACAGAUCUCACUUUGAGGUGAAACUGUCCUGUGAUAUUCUCCAAACACAGAGUCAGAGGAUGAUAACCACGCUGUCUCUAUAUGUCUCACAGAUGUGUGCAGGUGUUACAUAACCUGUUAAUCCUGUAAAUGCUCUCAUUGUAAAGCCGUCCUUCAGUUUAAAGUUUUAUUUAGAUGAACCUCUCAGCAGAAUCCUUCACUUUUCGCUGACCACACUCUCUCCAUACCUCCUAAACUGCUGUCAUAACAACCUCAGCUGCAGGAGCCUCUGCAUGGUUAACGUAUAUCUGCUCAUUAUACCUCGUUGUGUUUUUGUAGUGGAGGCCUUUAGCUGCUCGGUUUGUUUAAAGACAUGGAAAUUCUCCCUGCUGGUCGUUUCUGAGCAAGUAGAUCAGCUCAGUGGUUCCCUUUGUGGUCAGCGUUCAGGGACUGCAGAGGUGAGAGUAGACGAAACAAACCUGAAGGUCCAGCUGGAUCCACAGCAGAGGAGAGAUUUAGACAUGAGAGCAGAGUAAAGAAGUAUCAGAGACAUGGAGGGUCUGUUUAACCUUCCUCCUGUUUUAGCUUUUACUACGCAUCCACAAUGUUAAGGGUCGGUUUCGACCUGUGUCUUAAAUCAGCUGCAAAUUACACUCAAAACAUUUCUCUAUCAUGUAAGUUUAGGUUUCCCUGUUAGGAUUAAUUAUACAUGAAAAUGUUGCUUAUAAUAGUUUUUGUUGUGGGCCUUUGGGUCUUUCUUUGUCAGUAUACCCCUCAUACAGACAUCUAUACUCAAUUGAUUUCAUAUGUCUGGACAUGCCUGAUGUAGCUUUUUGUGCUGGGAAAAACACGGCAAAAUAAGAAUUUUCUUAAUCUCACAUGAUUGGAAGAGGAUCUGACUGUCAGUGUGUUUCCUGAAAGUGCACUUAUGAUCUUAGUUUUUGCUCUUAUCAUUAAAUAUUGAUCUAACCGGGUCAACAGCGACCCUAACACAACAAGUACCUUAAUUUUAAUGAGAGCAUUUUAUAAUUUAGUCCAUUUAAUUUUGAUAAAAUAGAGGUUCCUGACAAAGUCAAAAAGUCUUGAUGCAAAAAAGCUAAUUUAAGUGAUUCUUUUAAACAUUUAACAAAAACGGGUUGGUGCAGACCCUAACACAAGAGGAGGGUGAGCUGUUAAUUAGGACAGAGUUACAGAGUGGGCUAACAUUUCCAUUUCACUAAAUAAAAUGACAGCAAGUAAGUCUGUCAGGAUGUCCAAUUUUCACUUCAUGGUUAUAGUGGCCAUAAAACUUAACUUUAAUAAUAUUAUUGUAAUAUUUAAGAAAAACUUGAAAGUAAAACAAAACUAUCGGUCAGUCACUCUGUUCCACUGUCCUUGAUUUGUCAGUAAAGACCACAAAAGAUCAACAAGAAAUCUAAAAACUUCAGUGGGCAAGGAUUUGACAUGGAGGUUGGAAGUGAACCCAGUCCGCCAUAACCAUCUGUAUUUUGGAUGCACACGCUGUAUUGAAUCCACAAAUCUGAGGAAUUUAGAACCAGCUGAAAUCCAGUCCUCAUCACACUCUACUAACUAGAGGGGUCAGCAGAGUCCCAAUAUCACACAGGCUGAGGUUUGAUUGACCUGGUGUGAGUCACCCCAAUGAGGGUGUCUGUUGCAGGACCAAAACCACCCAGUUUUAAGGAUACAGGGCUAGCAUCAGGAGAAGGAGCAACAGUUUAGCCCUGUUCAUAAAGCAGAGACUUUAGACUUCAUCAAAUCAGCUGUAGAUCCGACUCUCAGAACCCCCCUUUGAUUCUUUUCAUGUCGUUCACUGUAGGGAAGUGAACAUGUGAUAUCUGAUCUAGUUUACAGAUUUUACUUUUCCUCUCACCUUGUAUGUGUCGCCAGGUGAUCCGCAAAGUCAACAAGCAGCACGCCAUCCUGGACAUAGACGAGCCCGUUUCUCAGCUUCAUAAAUGUGCUUUUCAGUUCAGAGACAGCCCCAACGCUUACCUGUGUUUGUCCAAUGACUCCAUCAUACAGUACCAGGUGAGGGUCCCUCUCUCUGUUCCCAUCCCCCACUAUCCAGUUUUUUUUCUCACCAUUCAUCUCCUCCAACUUCAAUCUUUCCUUCUCCAUCAUUUCUCCCAUCCAGGCUCCGUCCAGCGUCAGAGACCCAAGCAGAGUGGUUCUGAACGAUGGAUCGUGUUGGACCAUCAUUGGCGUAGAAGCAGUGGAGUACACCUUUAAUCAGGGUCUGGCCUGCAUCCAGACUGCAGUUACUCCUUUUCCAAUUAUCACAGGGUUAGAGGUGAGCUACAUGACCAUCCUAUUUACUCUCAGAGUUUGGUUCUUGUGUUUUUCUGCAAUAAAUACUGAGGAUUACGUAGAAUCUGGAGACUUGUUUCCCAUCUUUAGAGGCAGCUGUAAGUGUUUUUUCAGAUUUUAGAAUAAUACCAACCUGCUCGAAAACUCAACAGUGACCUCUGACAAUCAUUUAUCUGUUUCACAGAUGGUAUAUGACAGGGUGAGCAUAAAUAAAACAAACCUCAUUCUUCUUGUUGAUAUAUGUCUGUUAUUGCAGGUGAAUGGUGGUGGACAUGUUGCCAUGCUGGAGGUCACGGGAGAAAACUUCAGUCCUCAUCUCAAAGUCUGGUUUGGCAACAAGGAGGCUGAGACCAUGUUCAAGUGAGUUCAGAGAGGACAGAAAGAGGGAGUAAUGACGCGCUGACUUGAUCCUGUGGAAAACAGGACCUGGAGGGAGCAGCAGUUGAACGAUAUUUUUGUCAGAAGAAACUUAAUGUUUAAUGUGUUUCCUGGUUUCACAGAGGUCCCGAGGUUGCAGAUUUUACAGUUUUGCCUCAUCUAAAUUAACUGGAUCUCCUUUUCCACUCUACUGAAAGCCACAAUGUCUCCUAAGGAGCAAAAUUCCUUUCAGUUUAGAUUCCAGUGCAGUUUUAAUCCUUUCUGUCUGAAAAUGACCCCCCCCCAUGCUCCAUGGUUGGCUUGUCGAUAUCCUUAUAUCUAUAUUUAUGUAUGUAUUAGUGACUGUGACAGUCCUAGCAAGUGGUGUAAAAAAUAUUCUUCUUAUGUGCAGCUGAAAUCCUUUUUCUCCCUCUCUCCUCUGUAAAUCCGUCACCUCUUAAAGACAAGCUCAGCACUCAGUAAAAUUUCCCCACAUCACUGUGGAGGUUACACUGGGAACACAUAAGGCUGCAUAUUCCCUCCAACUUCCAGCCUCCUGUCGGGAGAGUCAUACACCAAAACUUAAAAAAGCAUCCUUAAAUAUAGAGAGGCUCAAAAAAUAUCUUUGAUUAUUUUUUUGUUGAUUGCAAAUUGAGUUGUAUUUAUUUUGGGGUGGAUUGUAAAGCUCUUAAAAUGCAACCAUAAAGCAGAAGCUGCUCAUGUUUGUAUUAUCUUGCCACAUACAGUAUAGGUACUCAUGCUCCAGUGGCAAAGAAAAUACUCAGGAGUGUGUCGCUUCAAUUCAAUGGCGCAAUGCCUUUGAGCUAGUUGAGCUAGUCCAGGCAUGCAACACCAAUUUCACACUAGAUAUCGUCAAAGUCAUCCUUAUAAUCACCCGUCAUCCUCCUCAUUCUUGCAGUCUGUUUGAGCUUUAACCCCAGCCUCCACCUGCAGGCUUCAGCUCAGGGUUUAAAGACCCACUCUGAUGAUGUUGUUUUUAUUGUUGUCUACAUGUUCAUAUGGCAUUGUUCAUAUGGAAAAACAGGUGUGAAGUUGAAUUCCUGAGUAUUUUUGCAUUCAAAUCGCCGUGAAACUCUCACAGACCCAAACAGCAGGUUCAGACACAGUGAGAUUUUCUAUGUCACAAGUCCUAGCUCCUCCUGCAGAGCCCCACUAUGCAGGCCAGACUUGGAAAAUUGGAGGACAAUUGCGGAACAAGUGUGUGCGUUGACGGAUUGCUCGCAUGAAAGCUUUUUAUGAUAUUAGCUUUCAUCAUGCCCCCAAAGACAUUAGUGUCUUAGAGCUGAAUAGCUCCUAUGUUACCUGCUACUUCUACUACAACGGCAGUGUAAGGCUGCAAGUUAGCAUGACAAGGAGUGUGCAGAGCAGCGCUGUCUCCGCCCACGACUCAGAGGUGAAAUGCUGAUGAGCUACAGGAACUCUGCGGAAGAAAAGUCCUUGAAAAAAAAAGAGGUAAUGUGAUUUUGGCUAAAAACUUCAAAAUCACAAUUUAAAGACCACUGAGAACACUUUAAGUAGUUAAAAAAAAAAGCCAUUGGAGUGGGACUUUAAAUCAACUUCCUGAUUAAUUUAGCUCUUUUUGCAGAGAAAUAAAUCUGAGAUAAGGCCAAAGCCAAAAUAGCAAACACAAAUAAUCAUCUGCUGCAGAAGUUAACGUUUAAUUUCAGCUGUGUGCUGAUUAUGUACUUCCUGAUGUUGCAGAAUUUCCUCUGAAUUAAAAGUAUUGCUAAUAUAACGAUCAGCUGGUAGAGGAGAGAAAAUUAAGAGGGAAAUGCAGGGAUCAAUUAGAAAAUAAGGCUUUAGUUUGGGGCUAAAUGAGCGUAUGUUAGUGUACAUAACUUUUUACUCCAAGAAUGUGACCCAGAAACCAAACAGGGGGAGAGAGACAUAAACACAGGUCUAUUCACAGGCAUAAGGUGGGAUAUUACCUUCAGACAGUCAAACAACAGUUGUAUUUAGACUUUUAUUGGCUGCUGCUCGGCUGUCUGGUGGCCUUUAUUAGCUGGUAGAAAGACGGGGGUCUGUAGGGAAAAAAAAUGUGCAGCAUAAUGUAAUUUCUUUACAUGUAACUCAGUAAAAACAUGAUUUUUUCAAAAGAAAGCUCAAAACAUUUAAAAUUAGAUUUGUCUCAUCACAGUGGAGGCUUUAUUGAAUCAUCGAUUUUAUGCCGGUUGUUCUCCUGUGUCUCCUUCUCAGAGGCCUCAGGUGCAGAGCGGAGCUGCUCAGGGGCCAAAUUAAAGUUUGAGUCAUGUUCAGGUGAGACUGUUCAGGUCUGUGAAGCUGGCUGCUCAUAAAAGUUGACCUAAAUAUGAACAUUUUUACUGCAUAUUGAAGACCACUUCCACCAUGAGCAUUACGCAACCAGGCAGGUUUAAUUAUAUUUCAGCUGACCCAGAAGUUAAAAGGCUGUUAUUUUGCUGUUUUUGGAGGAAUUUCUGUAAAAGAAAACAGACUUGUUGUUGUGACUGCCCUGCUGAAAAAAAUGAUGGUCUGAUAUUUAGGUAGAGGUAGUCUAAAAAAAUGGUUAAUUGUCUAAACUUGGCAGCAAAAAGCUCUCGUCACAACUGAUUCACAUUGACUCUGCACAGACCUAAAACCCUAACAUUCACAUAUCCUAAAGGCUUACACUCAACAAAAGAGAUAUUUAUUUUUACUAUCCUAAUAUAACUAUCAGCGCUGCACCCACAACUGCAAAACGGAUGUUUUCUUUGAUGUAAAGCACCGACUUAGCAUCAUUAAAUCCUGUCUGAUACUGGUGAUUUUUCCUGAUUUUCUAAUGAUAGAUUAUGUUACACUGCAGUGCCUCAAGUGUAGCUGAACAUGUCUCUGUUGCUCUUGAAAGAUCUGAAGUGUUUCUGCUGCACUGUGAUUGUUUCGGUCAUAUCACAUCCAUCCCUCUAUCAGCUUAGCUCAUAAAGUGACUGUGUGGGAUUUCUAUGUUUUUAGAGGCAUGAUGGAAGGAGAGUAAGAUGUGCCAAUCAUAGACUUUAUAUACUAUGGACAACUCGGUUCCAUCUUCCACCAGUAUACAGAUUUCAAGCCAAAAAGAUUUCGGUAUUACCGUGAUUUUCCUCCAUUUCCUGAAACCAACAUUGCGCAGUAGCGUUGUACGCAUUCAAUGGGACAGUCGCCGAGAGUCACUGUGAUGACGCUCGGCUCAAACAGCAUAUUCCCCGGGUGAGCUCUGCAAUCUUUGUACACCAAUAGGCUGUAUCAAGUGUCAAUCAUAGGAAACAUGAACCCCCUAAUAACUUUUAAAAAUAGAGCUGCACAGAAAAAAAGUUUGACUUGAGCACAAACCAGUCUUACAGUAACUACAUGUCAACAUUGCAAGCAAGGGGGAAAAAUGUAUAUUCUAUUGAAUAAAUUUCUAAAGUUUGUCUACGGCUCCAUAAACUGUGCUGGCAUAGGCGGGAUUUAUGACCUUUACUGCAGCCCAUCACCAGAGGGUGCUGUUCUCACAGUGGCUUCACUCGGCGAGGAGGCAGACGGAGUCCGUUCUAUAUACAGUCUAUGCUUUCAAAUAAUGACAGCUUGGAUCAGUUCCAGUGGGAACAUGUUGCACUCACUUCUUCUGGACAUUUGCUUACCCAGUUUUUGUAGUUUGGAAAAUGAGGUGUUCUCUAGUCCUUGCCUGAUACACAAUCUGAGCUGCUGAACAAUUCAGGGUCUCCUUUCAUAUUUUUCCAAUUUCAUACUGUGAUUGGCCAAAUGUUUAGGCCAAUCAUGAUUUAAAUGAGAGGUAAACCUUUAAAAUACAACUUUUGUUGACAUUUUACACAAUGUCCCAUCACCAGCCCAUCUGCAGAGGGUGCUGUUCUUGGGGUGGCUUCAACCAGCGAGGAGGCAGACAGCGUUUAUUCUAUAUACAGUCUAUGGUGCCAACUCAACAUGAGAGCUGCACUGGAAACAAUUCAGUGGACCUCCUGUAAAUAAUGCACCUAUUCAACAGAGAUACAGAUGGAUAGAUUCUUUGUUGAUUCAGGGGGAAAUUUUAGAGCGUGGACACUUCUGUCAUUUCCUUCAAUUUAUUAAAUUCUUGUAGAAGCCUAAUGAUCAAUACUGAAUCCAAAUUAUGAGGUUCUUGCUAACUCCCGGGCCUAGUUUGUGUUGCAUGCAGCUUGUCCCACAGUGAACAGUGGUCUCUCUGAGUCUCACGCAGGAGUCUCGAAGUUACAGACAAGCUCAGCAGAAAGAUCCCAUCCAGGCGUUUCCCUCACAGGAUCUUAAAUGACACCGUCCAAAUGAAAACAGCCUCUCUGACGUCAGAGUCCACCUCAGAGCCCACACCUGAAGUGCUGAGACAUCGUAAGUCAGCCUCUCCAGCUCCGGCUAAUGUUCCCCCCCAUCAGCAGCCUGGAGGAAAGACGUAUUUAUGUAACUCAGUCGGCCACAAUGUGCUGUUUGUACGAGAAACUGCAGCCAAUUAGAAACAUGAUCCCACACUGCCAUAGGAGCCGAGGUGUGGAGAAGGUUUGAAUGAAAUCAAAAGAGCUUUCAGAGCUUCAGCUGCCACAGGAUGAUGUUUAGUCUGACACUUAAUCAUCUAAUGAGCUGCUCUCACUGUUUUCUGUCAUUUAUCUGCUGUUGCUGCUCAGAUUUUAUCCUGCAGAGUUUAAGACAAACACACAAAUUGAAGAUCAGUUUUUAAAGCUUAGAGAGCCAAACUUGUUUUUGUCAGCUCUCAAAGUAUAAAACUCUCUCUCUGCAGAUCUGUCGGUUGUUUUGUUUGAUUUUCCUCAUGGAGGAAACUCUGGGUUUGUUCUUCAGUCAGACUUUGCAGCACAGAUCUCUCCUCACUUUCACCUUCUUCUUUUCCCCCUCAGGUCUCCUAAAUCUCUGCUCUGCGUCGUUCCUGACGUCUCUGUGUUCACUGAAAGCUGGCGUUCCCUGCGUCGCAUCAUCACCGUACCGCUGUCUCUCAUCCGAUUGGACGGCCUGAUUUACCGGACACACUUCAGCUUCACCUUCUCCCCCGAGCUGCAGCCGCCGCUGUCCGUUCGAGGAGCGACAGGGGGAGGGCAGAGAGACGGAGGGAUGGAGGGAGGACAGGACGAUGAUAUGCUGUUAGAGACCAUCCACCAGGAGUUCACCCGAGCCAACUUCCACCUCUUCAUGCAGACCUAAGCCACAGCUGAGGGAGUGUGAUGAUCUGCAGGAGAUCACUGCAGGGAGCUGACUUUUGGCUCUGAACUGAAGCUGGUUUUAAAGCUGCUCUGUUCAGUGAGGUGUGAGCAGAUCUGACUCAUUUUGGAUCAAACUGUGCUUUAAUUGUUCCUUUCAAAUGGGAUCAUGUUUAUUCAAACAGAAGAGUCUGUAAAUAUGCUGCAUAGAUUCAACUGUCUACAGUAUAAACAACAGGAUGCAUCAUAUUUUCUGCAGAGAAGUCUAUUUUUAUCAAUCACAAUAGUAAAGAUUUAAAGUUUAGCUCUGCUUCUCUGAGUUUUGUAAAGGUGAUAUUUAGGUGUGCAAGUGUAUUACAAACCCCAAUUCUAAUGAGAUGUGUAAAACAUGAAUAAAAACAGAAUACAGUAA